UUCAUUUCGUGACAUAGAAUGUCUGCGCCAGCGCGUUAUAGUCCUGUUAUUCACAAGUUUUAAAGUCGUUUGAAAUAGAAAAUGCACUUUUUAAGUGCAGUUUUUAACUAGCAAUUACAUGGUGUACUAGUAUUUAAUAAAUUUGUAUUAAAUUCAUGCAACACUUGACAGGUGAGGAUGUGUUGUUGUGAAUGUUGAGGAAGCUCACGCGCUAACUCACACACUGACUGACUGCUGUGUGCUUCACGCGCUUCGCUGUCUAGAAAUGGACAUUUUAAAGUACUUUUGGGUCGCGAGCACUCGUAAGCCAGUCGAACUUGUACAUGAUGCAUAUGUGGGGAAAUAAAACUGUUACGCCGGUCCGUCCUGACCUGAGACCGAGUUCCUGAAUCCUGAACCUGUACACGUGUGAUGUGGACGAGACCAACGUGUAUUAUUUUUUAUAUUAUUGCACCGGCUUUCUUGCUGUGAUUUACAUCAAGACGGAGACAUGGACUCCAAAAAUAUCAUGGAUAUGUUUGAAAAAGGAAGAGUCCUCAAAAUAUGUGCUCCCAUGGUCCGUUACUCAAAGUUGGCAUUCCGAUCUUUGGUGAGGAAGUACGACUGUGAUAUAUGCUUCACCCCAAUGAUAGUGGCUGCUGAUUUCAUGAGGUCUAUUAAAGCACGGGAUAGUGAGUUUACUACUAAUAAAGCGGAUCGCCCACUGAUUGUGCAGUUUGCAGCCAAGGAUGCGAUGACCCUUGCGGGAGCUGCCAGUGCUGUUGCCCCCUUCUCAGAUGGGGUGGACCUAAACUGUGGCUGUCCUCAGAGAUGGGCCAUGGCUGAAGGAUAUGGAGCAUGUCUCAUAAACAAGCCCGAGCUGCUCAGUGAUAUGGUACGGCAGGUCCGAAACCAGGUUGAAAAUCCCAACUACACCGUUUCAAUCAAAAUAAGAAUCCACAAAGACCUUAAACAGACUGUGGACUUGUGUCAGAAAGUUCAGGCAGCUGGCGUCUCCUGGGUCACCGUUCAUGGCAGGACAGUGGACGAGCGACAUCAGCCAGUCCACUACGACGCCAUCAGGACCAUCAAAGACAGCCUCUCCAUUCCAGUAAUUGCAAAUGGUGAUGUUAAGAACCUCAGAGAUGUGGAAUCUACAUAUCUGCGUACUGGAGUAGAUGGUGUGAUGGCAGCGAGGGGUCUGCUAGCCAAUCCUGCCAUGUUUGCAGGAUAUGAGGAGACACCGUUGGAGUGCGUGUGGGACUGGGUUGACAUUGCCCUGGAGCACGGAACGCCCUUCACUUGCUUUCACCAUCACCUCAUAUACAUGCUGGAGCGGGUCAGUUCACAGCCAGAGAGGAGAGUGUUCAACGCAUUGUCCAGCACAUCGGCCGUCAUCGAAUACCUUCAGAAAACUUAUGGCUCUUGACUACCACCUCAUUUUAAUUCCUGUUUUAAC